AUGCACACGGGGUAUUACAUCGAGUUACCGCAGGAAAUUAUGUUGAAGAGAGCGGUAAUUAACGUGCAGUCAACGGACAAUGCAUGUUUCGCAUGGUCAGUUGCGGCCUUGCAUUCGGCCGAAAGGCAUACAAAUCGAGAAUCGUCGUAUCCACAUUAUACGACGGUGUUGAAUCUCCAAGACAUUACUUUUCCGAUGACGUUCAAUCAAAUUAAAAAGUUCGAACAUCUCAACGAUUUCUCCAUCAACAUCUACGGUAUCAAGGGAAAGGAGAUUCUCCCGAUACAUCUGACAACAAAGAAGAUGAAGAAAUACGCAAAUCUAUUGUACAUGCAGGAUUCGCGCAACGAUAAUGUGAGACACUUCGCGUAUAUCAAAAACUUGUCCCGUCUCGUGAGCUCGCAACUAAGUAAAAAAGAACACAAAAAAUACUUUUGUGAUCGAUGUCUACAUUAUUUUAAUUCAUCGGACAAAUUGGAAUCGCAUACGGUGGAUUGCCAACGGAUGAAUGAUUGCGCCAUCCGACUGCCGAACGAGGACAACAAGUGGCUCGAAUUUAAGAACCACUGCAACAAAGAACAACUUCCAUUCAUCGUCUAUGCGAAUCUAGAGUGCAUACUGCGAAGAAUGGAGCCAGAGAGGGAAAACACGUCGUAUACAUAUCAACAGCAAGGUAUUUAG